CGCGCUGCUACUAGAGAAAGGAAGUAGCUAUCCAAGCUAGCAGCUAGUGGUCAUCUCACGAAGCCAGAUAGAAGGCUUCAAAAGGAUGUAAAAUUGAACUUAUUUUACUAUUACAAGCUAUUUUUAUUUUAUUCGAUUAAGAUAGCUAUUUUAAACAGGUACACCACCUAAUAGGUUAAUAACUUUGCUGUAUGCUUCAAACUCGUUUUUUUAGUCGCAAAUGUAAUCGCCUAGCUAGCUAUGUUUAGUGAACGGCAAUGUCCUUAGCCUGUUGUUAGCUAGCUAAAAGUAUUUGGUGGUUGGUUAGCCCGUCUUGAUUUCCUUAAAAAAGGGAACAACAAAAGCGUCUUUCUGAAUUAUCUAUCAGUUAUAUGCUGGGAAAAUGCAAAUAGGAGCCAUCGCAGACUAUGAAAAAAACAACUGAACAAGGCGUCGGGUGGUGAGCAAGCAGCAGGCAGCGUGGACGGCAUGGUGAGGCAACUCCGCCUGUCCCAGAAUGAGUGUCAAAGAUGGCGAAGGCAGAUCAGCUAGCCAAGAUGGACGGGCCUACGAACUGUUUGUAUACCCACGCCUCUCAGCGGAUUGCCCGCAAUGCUGCACCCUCAAGGUGCACAAGGAGGCCACAGCCGCCUCUGUCAUCCAGGACGCCACCUCUGCCCUGGGGCUGGACCCCCGGAGGCUCUACGUGCUGGCUGAGGUGAAGGAGUGCGGCGGGGAGGAGUGGGUGUUGGAGUCCGGGGACCUUCCCGUCCAGAGGGUCCUGCUGUGGCCCCGCAAAGCCCAGGAGCAGCACCCCCAGAGCGAGGGUUUCUACUUUCUCCUCCAGGAGAGGAACCGUGACGGCAGCAUUCACUACGUUCACCUACCUGCCGUCAGCAAAGAGCAGGAGGUCCAGGAGCUCGCGGCCAGAGGCUUCCUCCCCCCACGCCAGGAUGACUUCGAUGACCUGUGCAACCUCCCAGAGCUCAAUGAGAGUAGCAUCCUGAAUAACCUGCGCAAUCGCUUUCGUAAGAAUAAGAUCUACACCUACGCCGGGUCCAUCCUCAUCGCCAUCAACCCCUUUAAGUUCCUCCCCAUCUACAAUCCCAAGUAUGUCAAGAUGUACGAGAACCACCAGCUGGGGAAACUGGAGCCGCACAUAUUUGCCAUCGCAGAUGUGGCCUACUACGCCAUGCUGAGGAAGAGGGUGAACCAGUGCAUCGUUAUCUCUGGGGAGAGCGGCUCAGGGAAGACACAGAGCACCAACUUCCUUAUCCACUGUCUAACAGCCCUCAGCCAAAAGGGCUAUGCCAGUGGGGUGGAGAGAACUAUCCUGGGGGCUGGGCCUGUGCUGGAGGCAUUUGGGAACGCCAAGACGGCCCACAACAACAACUCCAGCCGCUUUGGGAAGUUCAUCCAGGUCAACUACCUGGAGAGUGGUGUGGUCAGGGGGGCUAUCGUGGAGAAGUAUCUCUUGGAGAAGUCUCGUUUGGUCUCCAGAGAGAAGAACGAGAGGAACUACCAUGUGUUUUACUACCUGCUAGUGGGGGCAUCAGCAGAGGAGCGCAAGGAGUUCAAACUGCUACAGCCUGAAGAUUACCUCUACCUCAAGCAGCAAAACUUUAUGAUAGAAGAUGAAGAAGACCUUCGACAUGACUUUGAGAGGCUACAGCAGGCCAUGGAGAUGGUGGGCUUCCUGUCUGCCACUAAGAAACAGAUCUUUUCUGUGCUGUCGGCCAUCUUGUAUCUGGGCAACGUGACUUACAGGAGGAAAUCUACCGGCCGAGAUGAGGGGCUGGAUGUUGGACCCCCGGAGGUCCUGGCUACCCUCUCAGGCCUGCUCAAGGUGAAAGAGGAGUUGCUGGUGGAGGCGCUGACUAAGAGGAAAACAGUGACAGUCAAUGACAAGCUAAUUCUGCCCUACAGCCACAGUGAGGCCAUCACAGCGAGAGACUCCAUGGCCAAGUCUCUGUACAGCGCCCUGUUUGACUGGAUUGUCCUGCGCAUUAACCACGCACUGCUCAACAAGAAAGACAUGGAGGAAUCUGUCCCGUGUUUGUCUAUAGGGGUUCUGGAUAUAUUCGGCUUUGAGGACUUCAAGACCAACAGCUUUGAGCAGUUCUGCAUCAACUACGCCAACGAGCAGCUUCAGUAUUACUUCAACCAGCACAUCUUCAAACUGGAACAGGAGGAGUACCAGGCCGAGGGCAUCACCUGGCACAACAUAGACUACACAGACAACGUGGGCUGCAUCCACCUCAUCAGCAAGAAGCCCACCGGUCUCCUCUACCUGCUGGACGAGGAGAGCAACUUCCCCCACGCCACUGAUAAAACUCUGCUGGCCAAAUUCAAGCAGCAGCACCAAGAGAAUAAGUACUUUGUGCCCACGCCUGUCAUGGAGCCUGCCUUUGUUAUCCAACACUUUGCUGGGAAGGUCAAAUACCAGAUCAAGGACUUCCGGGAGAAGAACACGGACCACAUGCGUCCGGACAUCGUGGCCCUGCUGCGGAGCAGCGACAGAGCCUACGUGCGUCAGCUGAUUGGGAUGGACCCGGUGGCCAUGUUCCGCUGGGGUAUCCUGCGCGCCACCAUCAGAGGCAUGGCUGCCUUCAACGAGGCCGGACGCCGCUGGGCUGUCAAGACCGCAGGUGUACAGCGACCCACUUCCAGGACUCCUUUGGGAGAGUUGCAGAGGUCAAACACACCUGUAGAGAAGAUGUACCGGGACAUGCAUGCCCAGAUUAUCAGCUCCAUUAAAGACUUGCAGCUGGAUGGUGAGGACCCCCGCAAGCUGCUGCAGUCCUGGGGUCGUCUCCGGUUCCCUCGACACCUCCUUCAGAAAAGCAAGAACGCCAAGCACAAGCAGAUCAUACCCAAGAGCCUGCUGGACUCCCGCUCACUCAAGUACAUUGUGGGCCGGACCCUUCAUGACCGUACCGGCAAGUCUCUGCUGCACCUGAACAAGAAGAAGAAGACGCCCAGUAUCAGCGCUCAGUUCCAGACCUCUCUGACCAAGCUACUGGAGACUCUGGGCGGGGCGGAGCCCUUCUUUAUCCGUUGUAUUCGCUCCAACUCAGAGAAGAAGGAGAUGUGCCUGAAUGAGAACCUGGUGGUGCAGCAGCUGCGCUACACCGGCAUGCUGGAGACGGUCCGCAUCCGGAGGUCUGGUUACGGAGCCAAGUACACCUUCCAGGAAUUCAUUGAGCAUUUUCGAGUGUUGCUGCCCAAGAAUGCAAAAGCCUCUAAGCCAGAAGACAUCGCUGCCUUGUUCCAGAGGAUGGAACUUGACCCUACCACCUACCAGAUAGGAAAAACUAAAGUUUACCUGAAAGAGCUGGAACGUCAGCAGCUGCAGGACAUGCUGCACAAGGACGUGAUGCGUAAGAUCCUCUUUCUGCAGCGCUGGUUCAGGGCUCGUCUGGAGAGGACGUACUUCCUGGAGAUGAGACGCGGGGCCAUCGUGAUCCAGCAUGCAUGGCGAAGGCAUCACAAGGAACGACGGCGUCAGGCAGCUACUGUCAUCCAAGCCGCGUGGCGGGGCUCCAGACAGAGGACAGCGUUCCUCCGCAGGCGGACCAGUAUCAAGAAGAUACAGGCUCUUGCCCGAGGACAUUCAGCACGGAAGAGGUGUCAUUCAAUACGGGAGGAGAGGAGGAUGAAGGAAGAAGACGAGGAUGCCCGGAAGAGGGCGGAGGAAGAAGAGGCCUGGAAAAGGGCAGAGGAAGAGGAGGCCAAGAGGAGGGCGGAGGAAGAGGAGGCCAAGAGGAGGGCGGAGGAAGAGGAGGCCAAGAGGAGGGCGGAGGAAGAGGAGGUCAAGAGGAGGGCAGAGGAAGAGGAGGCCAAGAGGAAGGCGGAGGAAGCGGUCAAGAGGAAGAUGGAGGAAGAGGAAGCCAAGAGGAGGGCAAAGGAAGAGGAGGCCAAGAGGAGGGAGAAGAAAGCAGAGGCCAAGAGGAGGGCGGAGGAAGAGGCAGCCAGGCUGGAGAUGGAGGCCGAGGAAGAAGCGUUUAGGAGAAAGAAAGAGGCAGAGCGGGAGGCAGCAGAGAGGAGGGCAAGAGAGGAAGAAGUGGAGGGCAGACUGAGGCAGGCGCAGAACUUAAGUGAGGUCACUGAGAAACAGGUGGCGGCUGAAAGGUCUGAUGAAGGCCGACAUGAGAACAGUGUGCCGGUCAAGGAGGAGCCCAGGGAGGCGGUGGAACAUAUAGAGACUGCAGCUAGUUCACUUCCUGGGGAGGUGCAAAAGGGUGCUGGCUUGGUAGUCCACCAGCCUGAUGAGGGAAGCAGCACAGCGACUGAAGCUGUAUUCCAGGCGGAGGUGGAGGGCCAGGUCAUGGACAAACUCCAGGAAUCUAAUUUCGAGGAGCCUGAGGAAGAGGGGAGCACCGAGGGAGCUGCUGCCCCUUCGCCGGAAGCCGCUGCUGCUGAAUCUGUCCCCUCCGCGGACCCUGUGCGAGUCCCCCAGCUCCACAAGGUCCCCAGCUCCAGAAGCCAGGAGAAGAGAGAGCAGCGGCGCCAGCGGGGUCUGGAGCACAGUCAGCGGGAGAGUGAGCGAGUGGCCUCGGCAGCCACCCCCAAGGUCACUGGUAAGGAGGCAGCCAGCCGACCCGAAUGUAAGCCCAAGGAGCGGGCAGAGAGCAAGGAGCUGGACCAGUAUACCUUUGUAGCCUGGAAGAAGGAGGAAAAGGGUAAGAAGGAGCCCAGGAACUCCCCAACCCAGACGCCUGUACGCCCCAGUACCUUACCAGUAAACCCCCCUGAGCCAGUGGCUGACAGAAACGGGACUGAGGCCCUGGGUGCAGGACACCUGGUCCGCUACGUCGAUCAGGGUGCCAUGAAGGAAAAGGCAGAGAAAUGGAAAGGGAGGAAGAGUGGAGGACAGCAGCUAGAGAACACCAGUCCUCCUGAAGCCCAAAACAAGGACAGGGGGAAAAAGCAUUCACAGAGUCACGGAACCACUUCCUGUCUGGACGCUGUGUCCUCUGGACUGGAAUGUGCUGGUGCUACUUCAAACAGAGAGCUCCACUCUCCUACAGAAGAUGGGUCUAAGGGCAGCAUGAAGAGGAGGACCCUGGACACCUCAGGCCACCCGGACACGGUCCAAAUCCCCCUCUCCACUCCAGAGAAAUCCUCGGGAUUCCUUAGGAAGAUUCUGAAGAAACGUCCCCAUAAAGAGGCUCAGACUCCUGACGACGCAGAGCUGACCAUGACCCAAACCCUUAGUGAACGAGGGGAAGCCCAGCCCUCCUCCCAGGCCCAUCCCAACCCCCUGGCUCCCCAGUCCUCCCUGGCCCACCCAGGGACUGCUGGCGGAGAUCGGACGCUGAGCCGGAACCCCUCCAUAAAAAUCAGCCGGGCCACGCGGGUCUCAGAGCAGUGGAACGCCUCUUUGGACCGUGAGAUCACCAACGCCAAUGAGCUGCGACACCUGGACGAGUUCCUGGGGAAUCAGGUGAAUGACUUCCGCUCCAGAGGGAAGCAGCUAUCGGCCACAGAAAACAUCUUCAUCACAGCCACCAUACAGUUCAGAGAGACCAUUAAAGCCAUGUACUCCCUCCCGAAACCGCAUAUCGGCUACAAGAAUCUGAUGCGUGGCUACCAGAACAAGGUGAUCAGCCUGGCUGGAGACCGACAGAAGGGAGAGGUUCAGCUGGUGAUCAACCUGUUCCAGUCGGUCCUGGACGGCUUCAUCAGGGGGGAGAUCAAGAAGGAGGAGGGGGAGCCUGCAAAGCCUGCCAAAGCUCGGAAGAAGAGGAGGAAAAAAGACAAGAGCAUGGAGAACCCCCUGGAUCACGUGUUCAGCACCUACCAGGUGAACAUAAUGCAGUCAUGUGACCAGUGUACAUCCUACAUCUGGGGCAUGGAGAAAGCCUACAUGUGCAGCCAUUGCAAGAUGGUGGCCCACAAGAAGUGCCUCGGCAAAAUCGUCACGGACUGCUCCACGUUUUGUGCCAAAAAGAAUGACGAGGACUCGGGAGGCAUGCACUUCGGUGUGCGUGUGUGUCACCUGACCAGCGACAAGAGCCCCGUCCCCGUAGUGCUGGAGAUCAUGCUGGAGCACGUAGAGAUGAACGGCCUGUACACCGAGGGCAUCUACCGCAAGUCCGGCUCUGCCAACCGCAUGAAGGAGCUCCAUCAGCUAAUGGAGACCGACCCCCAUGCCGUGUGUCUGGAUGACUAUCCUAUCCACACAGUGACGGGGCUGGUCAAACAGUGGCUGAGGGAGCUGCCUGACCCCCUGAUGACCUUCAAUCUUUACAACGACUUCCUACGUGCUGUGGAACUUCCUGAAAAACCAGAGCAGCUACACGCCAUCUAUAAGGUGUUAGAGCAGCUCCCCACCGCAUGCUUCAACACCUUGGAAAGACUCAUCUUCCAUCUAGUCAGAGUGUCUAAAGAGGAGUCCCACAAUCGCAUGUCUCCCAACUCCCUGGCCAUCGUGUUUGCUCCCUGCAUUCUGCGCUGCCCGGACAGUGCCGACCCACUUAUGAGCAUGAAGGAUGUGGCCAAGACCACCACGUGUGUGGAGAUGCUGAUAAACGAGCAGAUCCGGCGCUACAACGAGAAGAUGGAGGAGAUAGAGCAGCUGGAGUUUGCCGAGGCUCUGGCGGUCAACCAGCUUAAACUCAAGAGACAGAACACGCUUCAUUGGCAUUUGCCCCUCAGGUUUUCAGCUCCUUACAAAGGAGUGGUGGUGCAUGAGAAGGCGUGCUCUGAUCUGACUGUUGCCCCUGAGAGUGAUGCGCCACUGGAUUCUGACACAGAGGCUGAGAAAAACCUGAUAGACCGCAUCAAGUCCAUCAAACAGGAGAAGGAGGAACUUGCCUGCAGGCUGCCCGAACUGGAGCAGCCCGGUUCAGACCAGGAGAACCUGGACUCGGAGGCGUCUGUCAGCUCCGAGAGCCUGCUGGAGGAGCGCGGCCACAACUCUGAUCCCGAAGGGAGCGGCUCCCUCCUGCUGAAUGAGGCCAGGCAUGGCCAGCCGCCCGGGCCCUCUGACCAGAGGACCCCAGGGGAACAUUCCUCCCACCCCAGCCUCGUCCCCGCCGUCGUUCCCGCCUCUUUCUCCGCCUCCCGGCUCCAGCUGCACCGCCGCUGGCCCAUCAUCCCCAGCACAGUGAAGCUGCCCUCCGGCGUCCCCGCCCACCCCUCCGCCGCGGGCCCCGCCUCCCGAGCCGACCACAGCCUCAGCCUGGUCAGGAGGCGGGAGCCGCUGGCGCGACGCAAAGACAGCACCCAGUCCCUGUACAUCAGCCCGGGCAAGGACCUGUUCCCCCCCUCCGCCCCACUGAGCCUGCAGGCCACAAGCAAAGCCCAUAGACGCUUCUCGGACGCGGGCAUCCCCUAUGUGGAGGAGGCCUGACCGAGACGGGAAGCACAUGGACACAGGACGGGACAGGGUGUGCGAGGUCCCCCCCCGCCCCC